AUGUCACCAUAUUCAGAUGAGAGGGUGGAGCUUGCUCAGUGUAAAGCCGUGCUCACCUGUAAUGAAGGUGUGAGGGGCGGAAGACUCAUCGACCUGAAGUCUACGGUGGACUCAGCCGUGAAGAGCUGCCCGACUGUCCGACACGUCUUCGUCUCUCAGAGGACAGAAAACCCUGCUGCGAUGGGACAGCUGGACGUCCCCCUGGAGGAGGUGAUGUCCUCUGCGUCCCCUGUUUGUCCUGCGGAGCCUCUGGACAGUGAAGAUCUUCUGUUUCUUCUCUACACAUCAGGAAGUACGGGGAAACCUAAAGGCAUCGUCCACACACAGGCUGGAUACCUGCUGUACGCCGCGCUCACACACCAGUAUGUGUUUGACUACCGGGAUGGAGACGUGUUCGGCUGUGUGGCGGACGUCGGCUGGAUAACGGGGCACAGCUACGUGGUGUAUGGACCGCUGUGCAAUGGCGCCACCACCGUCCUGUUUGAGAGCACACCUGUUUAUCCAGACCCAGGCAGGUACUGGGAGACUGUCCAGCGCCUGAGAAUCAGUCAGUUCUACGGAGCUCCGACGGCCCUGCGUCUGCUGCUGAAGUACGACGACAGCUGGGUGAAGAAGUACGACCGCUCGUCUCUGCGGACGCUCGGAUCAGUGGGAGAACCCAUCAACCACGAGGCCUGGCACUGGUUCCACAGUGUGGUUGGAGAUGGACGGUGUCCUUUAGUGGACACCUGGUGGCAGACAGGUGAGACACACAGCACUAUG